GCGGCAUGGAUGAAGGUUCCGGGUUGCUGGACCGAUUUCAAAAGUCGUUUAAAUAUUACAAGGCCAACCAACCACCACCUGGAUUGCAGGAUGUUAUACGGAUAGACGAUGGUUCGGACAAGCGCCUAGAGCCGGUAAAUCUACUGUCAAACGGGUCACAGUUUCCCGGCCUACUAUCUCCGGAAUGCUGGCGUACCUAUCGAGUUACCGGUCGGCCCGGGUUGCUGGUGGUUGCCAACCCUUUCACCGGUGACGGACAACGCUAUUGGACAUCGCGGUGUGUAGUCGAUUAUCCUGGACCCAAAAAUACGAACAUUAUACCGCAGCAGUUGGAAGAACAACUCGGGCCAAACGGUUGGUGGCCGUUGCUGCAAAGCUGUAGUGACCCUACGAAACGACGGAAGCUAGCAAAGGUGCUUCGCUGGGCCACGCUUGGCUUCCACUACGAUUGGACCAACAAAACGUAUGAUGAUAGCAAUCGAAGCCCAUUCCCGGACGAUCUUGGCGAUCUCGUAUGUUAUCUUGCUGCAGCGUUCGGUUACAAACAAUUCUCACCGGAAGCAUCGAUCGUAAACUUCUAUCCGGUCGGAUCGACGCUCGCAGGACAUACGGAUCAUUCCGAGGAUGAUCUUACUGCACCUUUGUUUUCGAUAAGCUUCGGACGGCCAGCAAUUUUUUUGGUUGGUGGCCCAACACGCAACGAAACGCCGGAUGCAAUACUGCUACAGAGUGGGGACAUCGUUGUAAUGAGUGGGCCAAGCAGACAGUACUAUCAUGCAGUUCCCCGCGUGUUCUCCGUUUCGGAGGAGCCGCUGGAAGAUCAAUGUAGCCGAUGGCAGACACAGUCUCCUGAGGCAGCAGAACUAAGUGCCUCCAAAGGUAUGGAAAACAUUUGUCCGCUGCGCUGGAAAGAAUGCCAAAAUAUCUCGUUCUGGAAUCCGAUUCAGGACUAUCUCAAAAGUACGAGAAUUAACAUUAAUGUGAGACAGGUUAAAAGGACGGCCAGGAGUUAGUUUUCUAGAUGACUACGGUUUAAGGAAAAGGAAAGCUGAUGUUGGUCAGGACUAGUAAAAUACCAAAAUUUGCACAUCAGUACCUACUUCAGGUUUCUUGAUAACCUUUGUUGCUGUUUAAGUUAAAAUAAACCAAUUUU